AUGCUCCCAUCUCCUCCCACCAACCCUGUUGACAUUUUCGACAAGAAGGGCGCCAUGGUCCUGGGCGAGAGACCUCAGGGUUUCCCAAAUGCUUUUCACUGCAUUGAAACUCAAAGGUCGGUCAUGGGCAGAAGCAAGGUGACUACGCGGCCAUCUCCUGGGGUUCAACCGGACCAGCUGCGCAAGUACAAUGACAAGUAUGUCAUUGUGUACGAUUUCGAGGAAGUAGAUGCCCCAACCGCAAUCAAGGAAGUCAGAACCCUUAUCCGAGAUCUCGAAUCGGCCAACCUCCACACCGAAGUGCGAGCCGGUCACGGCGAAACCCUGCUUAUUUUUGUCAAGGUGCCGCAAGACCUCUUGCACACCACCGUCUAUAGUUCUCGCAUAAAAGAUUGGUUGUACGGCGUAGUGCAGUCCCACCCGGGCGGCAUCAAGGAAAAUGCCGGCCGCCACGGUUUCGAGGCGGAGGACAUCCUGUCCGUGUACCACCUCGUCAACUGGCCCAAGUCGAUGGGCGGCGCCGGCAUCACCCCCGAAUGGGGCCAGUGGGAGCGGGUCAAGGCCAUUUUCCCGCUGCACAACGACGAAUCCAACGCCGCGCUGAUGAAGCACCUGAACCGGCGCCUUCUCCUCACGGCCGCGGACCUCGAUCGCGUGCGUGACCUCUUUGGCUCCAAGGUCGCCUUCUACUUUGCCUUUAUCCAGGCGUACGUCGUGUUUCUCACUUUCCCCGCGGUCACUGGGUUAGUGGCGUGGAGGUGGCUUCCCGAGUACUCGGUCGCCUACGGCAUCGUGACGUGCGUCUGGUGCACGGUUUUCCUGGAAUAUUGGAAGAUUCAAGAGAUUGACCUGAGUAUCCGAUGGAAGGUGAGGGGCUGGAAGCAGAUUGCUCGCCAGCUAGCCCAAGUCCCGUUUAUCCUCUUCGCAGUCGUCAUUCUUGGCAUGCUCAUGUUUGCCGUGUUCGCACUCGAGACUUUGGUAUCCGAAAGUUACAAAGGUCCCUUUGAGGACCUCGUGGAAUAUCUCCCCACAAUCUUAUUCGCCAUUGUCAUACCUUACGUCAACAACUACCUCGAAGCAGUAGCUACCAGUCUCACCGAAUUCGAGAAUCACAGGACGGAGGAUAACUACGACAUGUCACGCACGCAAAAGAGCUUCAUCUUCCAGAUCAUCACCAACUACCUUCCGAUCCUCAUCACCGCCUUCGUCUACGUCCCAUUUGGCCAGGCGAUUGUCCCCAAACUCGAGAGUGCCACGAGGGCUCUAUCGGGAACUCUAGGCAGAAAGUACUUGGUAGCGCCCCGCUCGUUCCGUGUCGAUCCGAACCGGCUCCGCAACGAGGUCAUCGCCUUGACGGUCACGGGCCAGAUCUCUGCGUUUUUCGAGGAAAACAUCCUCCCGGUGCUCAAGCCUCUGCACGACGACCCGACCGAGGCGGAGAUUCUGAAAAAGGCCCGCCACCAAGCCACGCUCGACAUCUACAACGUCCAGGAUGACAUCGCGGAGAUCGCCCUCCAGUUCGGCUACCUCGCGCUCUUCUCCCCGUGUGGCCGCUCCUCUCGCAUCGGGCCGUGGAUCAGCUCCCUCGAGUUCCUGACGUGGAUGGGGAGCAUCUCCACGGGCGCCGUCGUUCACCUCUACGGCAUGGCCGGGUUUGGCGGCGGCGCGUGGUGGGCGAUGCCCAUGACCAUCUUUGUCACAGAUUCGGAGGAACGCAAGCAGCAGUACAUGACGCGGGUCAAGUACCUGGAUGAUAUCAAGACGCAAGGCCAGCUGAAGCCCGGUGGCAUGGACGCCCUGGGGGAACGCAAGAUUUCGGCUGCGCCCUGCCCGCCGCAUUCGUUAAUAUGGGGCCACAUGAAGCUCAUCGGCGAAACACUCGAGCUCUUCCCUCGAAGGACAUAUCUCCAAUCUGUCCUGACCCACCUCAAGCAAGCCCACGACCUACCCGAGGUGUGGUAUCUCGAUCUCCGGCCCGCCGGCCCCAAGUUCAUCGUCAUCACGAACCCGGACCUCGCCGCCCAGGUCACCACCGCCACCGCCUACCCCCAGUCCCCGCUCCACGACGUCAUUGUCGAGGAGGCCGACGCCCUGCACACCCGCCUGCAGGCCAUGGCCGACUCGGGCGACCUGUGCAAGAACUUUGUCUACGAGUUUGGGAAAUUCCCCUUCGAGGUCGUCAGCCGCGUCUUCCUCGGCGCGCCCCUCGGCACCCAGACCGGCACCGGCGAGGUCUACGACGUGAUGUUCAAGCUCAGCCUGGCCAUGUCCGUCAUCGCGGGCGACAAGAACAUUUUUAAGCUGGCCGUGGCCAAGUGGAACGAGUGGACCACGUCUCGCAAGCUGCGCCAGGCGGUGGCUUCGCACGUCACGCCCCGCUUCGAGGAGCUGCGCGAAAGAAGAUUGUACCCAGCCGUAACAACGCUGCUAUACGCUAUCAUGCUCCUCUCGGCCUUCCCCGAAACCCUUGCCAAGCUCCGUGAAGAGCACGAUCGACUGUUUGACAAGACGUACGAGGGUACGCUCGAAAUGGUUCGACGCGACCCGACCAUGCUCAAGGAUAUGAAGUACACGACCGCAGUCAUCUAUGAAACCCUGCGUCUCUUCCCAGUUGCCUUUAUUAUUCGCGAGCCCCAGCCAGGCGUGGACUUCAUCGAGGCUAAUGGACAACGAUACGCCAUUGACGGCCAUACCGUUGCUGUGUGCGGCCAUACCAUGCAUCUCGAUCCCAAGUACUUCCCCGAGCCCAAGAAGUUCAAUCCCGAUCGUUUCCUGGACUCGAGCCCGGCCUAUUCCCGCAACGCUUACCGGCCGUUCGAACGUGGACUGCGCUCGUGCAUGGGUCAGACUCUUGCCAUGGAUGAGAUGAGAAUGGCCCUGCUGUUCACGGCGCGCUGGUUCGACUUUGAGCUCCGGGGCCACCGGCCCAACAAGGAGCCCAAGCUUCCCCAGUCUGACAUGGACACUGUGAUUGGCGUGCACGCGUACCAGACCUUUACAUCACUGCGGGCCCGCCCGAGCCGGUCCAGAUGA